AUGGACCCACCUACGGGAGGGCCCGAACCCCCUCCCACAAACACCCAAGAAACCCCCACCAGCUUCUCGGUGGAAGAUUUCCAGCCCAGAGUCAACAUCGGAUCCCCCGAAUCGCCUACCGAAAGCCGUAAGCGAACACGGAGCGGUGAUGCGUUUGCACCAUCGGAAAACUCGGGUCGAGUCACCACCAAGGAAGUGUGGAAACUCAUCGGAACCCUGAAAGACAUUAUCCGCCAUCAAACUGCGGUCAUCGAAUCCACUCAGAACGAGCUACAGGAGAUUAAACACAAUCAAAAUGUCCUGCAAGAACAGAACGAGAAGCUCCAUGAGGAAGUGAAAGCGUUACGAGCACAGGUUGAAAGCGCCCCUGCAGUAACCGCGACUAGGACUUGGGCAGCAGUCGCAGCCGCUGGCGAUAAUGCCACACCCUCGCUGAGCCACCAGAAACCCGAGAAAGAGCAAAACUGCGUCCGAAUCAGCACCCAGAGAGCCUUUGUAGACCCAAGAGAUAAUGACAACAACGACGGAAACGUUUUUGGGCGAUAUCUCCCCACAGAUACCGUCAACACCCACAUCCGCACUGCACUGCAGAGCGACGCUGCAACACAAGACGCCCAAGUGGUAGGAAUUGGCACCACCAAAACCGGCUAUCUCAUCCGAUUCAAGAACGUGGAGUCGGCUCAGGUGGCUCGCAACAACACUGAGUGGCUACAUGAAUUGGGCAACAGCACGAAGCUGGUUAAACCACGGUUCGGCAUUGUAGUGCACCGCACUCCAACCAACGAAUUCGACUUGGAAACUGGUACCGCCCAAGCAGCGGAAAAAAUCAUCCAUGAGAACGACCUGGCAGAACACGGUUUCCACAUCGAAGAACUGGCCUGGAUGAAAUCGAAAGACAAGGCCCUAGGGAAAUUCGCAUCGCUAGGAAUCUGGUUUGACUCCAGCGAUGCGAGAUCAAGAAAAAGAGAUGUUUCCGGUGUCAACGGUUUGGACACCUGGCAUGGUCAUGCAAGGAAACCCCGCGGUGCGGACACUGUGCAGGUCAACACGAGCGGCAGCGCUGCCCACCAGGAAUCAGGGCCCGCUGCCUCGACUGUGGGGUUGAAUAUCAUGAAAUCAGGACCAAGAAUGGAAGCACUCAUCAAUGACCACCAAAGCCAAGACCUGGAUAUCCUUCUGAUCCAGGAGCCAUCGAUCACAACCUACCGCACACAUGUCAACCAUAGCGCCUGGCGACUUUAUCGACCCACUACACAGACCGACGCAGUUCGGUUUCGCAGCCUCAUCUACGUGAACAGACGGAUCUCCACCUCCUCACACCGUCAAAUUCCCUGCAACCACCCAGAUGUCGUAGCCAUCAAGACCUGGACGACCGCUUCUCAAACUCUUUUCUUUUCUGUCUACAUACCUCCAGUACCGCUCUUUACGGCCGAUGACGAGUCAGCAAUGCCGGCGCUCACCGCAAUAGCAAACACCAUCACAGCCGCCGUACAGAACGAGCAACGCUCUACAAGCGUCAUCAUCACGGGCGACUUCAACCGACAUCAUCCGAUGUGGGGUGGCAAUCAUAUCCCCCCCAGAUUUCUUGAAGAUGCCAGCGAUCUGAUCACCUUCUUCCAAACUUACAAUCUCUCCAGUUGCCUCCCUCGGGGAACGGUGACUUACUGGGCUCUAAAUAAUCCAGGACAGAACUCGACCAUCGACCAGACAGUGACAGACAACCCAGGCUUGCUCGUCAAAUGUCAUUUGUAUCACGAGAACUACGGAUCAGACCACCGUGCCACCUACUCGGAAUGGAGCCUACAACCUCAGAGCAAGCCAAGCACAAAAACCAGGAAGGCGUACGAGCGCGCGGACUGGGCGAGAAUCGGCGAAGAAGUCGUCUGA